AUGAAAGAAACGACAGCCGUGAAGUCACGUGGGACGAAGCUGAGGGUGAGGCACCGUAUAAAGAGCGUCGUCCAUGCCACUGUGGCAUUCGUCUUCUCCCGUCUGCCGAAGUGGGUUGCUCUGUGUGGAGUUCCUCCCAGUGCGUCGGGCGUGUGGCGAAACGCUUUCUCGACCUCGCAUUCAGAGAGCAGCGAAUUCCGAACCGGAAAACUUGCUAAGGUGAAAAUGGCAGUUUCAAGUACUUCCAGUGAGCACAAAAAGGCUCGCUUGGAUCUCUUGGAGGCCGCAGACGUUAAUACAAACAAAGAGCGCGGGAGGACUCCUCUCCACAGAGCUGCUUUCGAUGGACACGCGGAGAGCUUGCGAGAGCUGUUGGCGAAAGGCGCAGACGUUAAGGCAAAUGACAAGAAAGGGUGGAAUCCUCUCCACAUCGCUGCCGAAGCGGGACAUCCGGAGUGCGUUCGAGAGCUGUUGGCUAAAGGCGCAGAC